AUGAAUCCAUACAACCAGCCGCCGUACGGAUACCCCCAGCAAACACCAGGGCCGCCGCAACCACCAUGGCAAGCCCCUCCACGACGACAUGGAUGGGGAGAUCCUAGGAUCCCAGGACAAGGACUGCAGAGCCCAAUCUCUCCUGCCUACCCGAAUAUUCCUCCCUCCAACGCGUUCGGACCACCUCUCCCACCACCUCCACCCCUCCCCCUUCCUCAAUCUCAAUCUCAAUACCCUCCGCAGCCGCAGUGGGACACGUCGCACUGGGGAGUGAAAUACAACCAAGGAUUGGCGGCUUCAGGUCAAGGUCAAGAGCAAGAGACGAAGCCUGCGCUACCUCCUCGCCCGACGUCAGCAACAGGCAGGCUCAGUCCGCAGCCUCACCAGCAUGACCACUCUCAGCCAUACUCGGGAUGGAACGACCCUUAUCACACAAGCAAUGCAGUGCCGCCUCCUCCUCCUCCCCGGCCUCCCGAAUACCAAGCUCAUAUCCAGGCGGCGCAUCCUGGUCAGACAAGCACACCUCAUCAAGAAUACUCCCACCGACCUGCAUCCCAUCACUACGAUCCUGUUCCGCUGCAACAGAAUUCGUGGAAUGCACAACCGCCACAAACGACAGGGCCGACGUACUAUCCUCCGGCACUCCCUCCGCAACACCUGUCUGGAACGAUUGAUGGCCCAUUGGUAUCGCCAAUAGAGUCAACCAGCGGCUUUUGGGGCGCGCCACAUGGGCAACAAUCUACAGCCCCAGCACAGAACCAUUACAAUGCUUCUCCUCAGCAACCACAUGACAAACCUGCCGGCACUCAGGUGCUAGGGUUCGGAGGACCCUCGGACUGGGAGCACUACGAUCCAAAUGCGCCGCCUCCAGACCAGACACCGACGAGCCCCCCUGCGAACCUUCUCUACCAGACACAGGGCCCUAUUUCACCUCCACAAACCCAUGCCAGUCCGGCUCCUUUACAGCAGACACCGAAGCCAGAACCUGCUCGACCGACUUAUCCUGUCGAGAUUGGUGCUCCAAGCCCAGUUACGCCUCGAAAGGACACACAGGUUCCACCACCAGUGGCCGGCUACGGUCCGACCCCAUCGCAGUCAACUGCGGACGGGAGACCGUCUUCCGCAGGUCAACGUCCCAGUGACAUUCCCGCCCGGUCGGACAGCCUCGAGAGCGCAGGUAACAUUGACAGCGUCAUCCAAGCCUGGAACACUCCGUUGAAGCCACACCCGGUCCCAGACUCUACUCCGCGACCAGAAUCGCGUGCAUCAGCUCCGGCGGUUCCGAACCCGGAAUCAGGACUUUCUUCGACCAAUGUAAAAUCAGUCGACCCCUACGCCGACCUGGAGCCCGAGUUCAAGGCAUCGCUAAAGAGGUACGCCGUCAUGCUGAGGAGAGAGGCAGCAGCCAAGACGGACGAGGAGAAGUUUGAUAUCUUUCAGGGUUUCGUGACCAAAGAGCUCAGGCUCCGAAGCUUGCUUUACGGGGUUGAGCUGAGGAAAGAGGCGGCCAAGGAGGUCAAGAAGGCCGCCAGCCUGGCCGACAUCCAGGCUGUGCUGCCAAAGUCAGCCUUGCCUCCCGCUACCGCGAAACCAGACGUUGUCGACCAGCUCAACGAUCCUGUUACGAAGACUGUUGACCCAGUUCCAGCGCCUGCUUUGCCUGAACCAUCGCCAACCCAGCCGCCAGCCAGCAUUCCGCGAGCCCCCACACAGCCGACCGUCAUCUCGAAAGAACGCCCGAAACUUGACACCCCCAAACUUGCAUCACCCGUCCCGGCCCUCCCGCCGCAGGCUGUAAGAACACCACCCGUCGAGGACCGCCCCCAGUCGAAGGAUGACGGCUACGUAAUGGUCGUAGCGCCUGGUCGCGAGGAGGCAUAUAGUCCCGGCGGUCGACCAGUGAUGACAAAAGUCAAAGUGGGUGACGAUGACGAAGCGUAUAGUCCGGGUGGUCGGCCGAUCACGACCAGAGCCGCAACGACCUCGCCGGCGCCGCCAGCGAUUGGCACCAUGGUCCAGGAACAUUCACGUCAGACAGCGCAGAGCGCCCUAUCGCCUAGCAAUGACGCCCCUAUGGUUAUCGAGGACUACAUCACUCCUCAACCGGCCUCACCAAGCGUCAAUGCGCCAAUGAUUGUUGCCGCUGAGCCGCCGGUAGCUCAGGCUUCACCGAGGCCAAACCAAGAUAGCCAGAAGCCUGUUGCGCCUAUCAAAUUCGAACCUCCGCGGCCUGUAUAUACUCCUUUCCGUUAUAGCGCAGGUGUCCAAGAAGAGAAAACGAAGACGUCUUCGUUACGGCCGGCCGACCAGGCAUAUUCCUCACUCCGUCAUUCACAGGCCGGGUCGGGUCGCCUGCUUGCUCAGGAUGCCGCGCUGCUGGCUCCAAUGAGGCCCUCUUCGAGCAGCGGUAGAAAGGAACACGAGGAGGCGUUCAUUGGCUUGAUCAGAAAGCAGAGUAUGGCUGUAAGACAGAUCACGCCUGGCUCUGCGCCACCACCAUUACCACGUAGCAUAACGCCAGGGGGCAUUAACAACAAGGGAACUGCGGCAGCGAAACCCGAGCCGCCACCGUUCAUGAGAGUGGGCACCCCGGCGGCACCGGCAUUCAAACCACAGCAACCAGCAGACGUUGUCAAAGACGCAGUGGCAGCGUUACGCUCCCUUCUUCCGUCUUUGGAUGACCUUCCAACCCCUAUCGAUUCCAGCGGCUCCAACCCAAAGCUCAGGAUUGUCAGGUCCAAAAUCGACUCCGUUCAAGACCAGUUCUCGUUCAUCCAUGAGGCUGUGGUGGAAUGGGACCGCACCAAUCGCCUGGUCCGCAAAGAACAAGAAGCUGAACGACAACAGCGCCAAGGAGAGUCCGAAGCCCACAUCGAUGCCUUAUUCAACGACAAUGAGAUUGGUUACGCAGAUAUCGGUGCGCUCGAAGCCGAAUUUAAGCUCUCCGAGGCGGAAAAAAGAUAUCACGAGGACCAAGCCGAGUUGGAAAGCUUCACAAGCCAGGUCUUUGUAGUGGUCACGGAGAGACUGCAGAAGGAGAUCGCCGAGCUGAUGAGCGCCUACACCAUGGCUAUUGAUGUCUUGGACCUCGAGAGCGUGGCCGUGAGUAACUGCUUCAAAGCUCCGAACGGCGACAAGAAGCCGAUACGAAUGACGGAAAUCAUGUCCUGCGUGUUGACACUUUUCAACAAGAUCGAAAUCAGGCACCAAAAGCUCGCCGAAGCACACUUGGAAAGGGAGCGGAGAAGGAAACAUCUCGAACUGACCAUCCUCUACACGAACGGAAACGUCCAAGGCGUGAAACAACUUGAAAAAGAAUUUGUCGUGGCCGAGAAGAUGGCCGUCCUGCACGAAGCCCGCGGCAAGGACGAUCGCGCCAACAAGCUGAUGGACAGCUUCGACCGGGCCACGGUGCGCGGCCUAGGCGACAAUCAAGUCUUUACCGACGAAGUCCUCUCCAAGCUCCAAGAGCUGAAGAAAGCGGUCGACGCACUCCUGAGCUCCUCUGACGAGAGAGACAUCCUCUACGGGGCCAACGGCGCCACGGAUACCCUCUCGCUCGCGCACUCGACGCUCGACUCCAUCACCAACGACUCGCGUCGUCUCCUCGGCCUCUCCAACGAAGGCGACAUCCUCCUCAACGAGGCCGACUACAACGUCUCGGUCGCCGAGGCCCGAGUCGCCAACGCCGAUUCCUCGGUGUACACCAAGCUCCAGGAAGAAAAGGCAAAGGAAGACAGCAAGCUGAUCGAGGAGAUGAACGCGAGGACCGCAUCCGUGACCAAGGGGCCGGAAGAAGCGAUCAGGCUCGUCAGGGACAUACAGGCGACCGUGGUGGGCGGAGGCGAGGGCCAUGAAGAACGCAUCAAACGCGCGCUAGAGGCCGCCAAGGCAAGGAACGCGGGUACUGGCGAGGGGGCAGGAGGAGGAGGAGGAGGAGGAGGAGGAGGAGGAGGAGGAGGCGUAUGA